CGGGGGCGCGGGCCGUGCCGCUGCGGGCCGCGCCGCUCCGCUCCGGGCCUGGGCCCUGCCCCGGCCCCAGCCCCGCAGCAAGCCCCAUGGCGCUGGAGCAGGCGCAGGCCGACGGCCCCGCCGCCGCCCUUCCGGCUCCGCCGCGCCUCUGCGAGCCCGGCCCCGCCGCGCCGUCCGGCAGCUUCUUUGUUUCGCACAGCGGGAGCGCUCUUUCCGCCCCGGAGAGCCCCAGCUCGGCGGUGCCGGCCGGCCCCGGCGGCGAGGCGGAGCCCGCGGUCGUUCCCGGCCAGGCCCCGGCGGCGGCCGGCGGUGAGGGGGAGCCCGGGCCCGUCGGCGCGGAGGCGGCGGAGGCGGUGGAGGAGCCUGACGCGGAGGCGGCCCCCGCCCGGCCCUCGCAGAACAUUGCCGUGCAGACUGAUUUCAAGACGGCUGACAUGGACGUGAACACGGAUCAGGAUAUUGAGAAGAAUUUGGACAAAAUGAUGUCCGAGAGGGCUCUGUUGAAGGAGCGCUACCAGGAGGUGUUGGACAAACAGAGGCAGGUGGAGAAUCAGCUGCAGGUACAGCUUAAGCAGCUCCAGCAGCGGAGGGAAGAAGAGAUGAAGAACCACCAGGAAAUCCUGAAAGCGAUUCAGGAUGUUACGAUCAAGCGAGAAGAGACAAAGAAGAAGAUGGAGAAAGAAAAGAAAGAAUUCUUGCAGAAAGAGCAGGAUCUGAAAGCAGAAAUUGAGAAACUCUGUGAGAAAGGCAGAAGGUUGCUGAAGGAGCAGGAGGAGAAGGAAAACAAGAUUGCUUCUCUGAUUGCAGAGCAGUCUGAUGAAAAGCAGCUAUGGGAGAUGGAGCUAGAUAAGCUGAAGAACCAGCACAAUGAAAUCAACAGGAACAUUCUCGAGGAGACGGAACGGGCCUGGAAAGCAGAGAUCCUGUCCCUGGAGAGCCGAAAGGAGCUGCUGGUGUUGAAACUAGAAGAAGCAGAAAAAGAAGCAGAGCUGCACCUCACCUACCUCAAUUGCGCUUGCAGGUCUGCGCCACCCACACUGGAGACGAUGAGGCCAAAGCAGGAGUGGGAGAUGAGGCUGAACAGGAUACGAAUGACCAAGGAAAGCGUCCGAGAUCAGUUCAACGACCACAUUCAGAUGGUGAGAAACGGAACAAAGCUGAGCAGCCUCCCGCAGAUCCCAACCCCGACGCUGCCACCUCCACCCUCGGAAACAGAUUUCAUGCUGACAGCAUUCCAGCCCAACCCAUCCCUUACUCCCAGGCUCCCCUUUCCCAUCGGACCAGUUCCUGUUCCCAUGGUCAUGCCGAGUGCUGAUCCACGGGCGCUCUCCUUUCCUCUCCUGAACCCUGCUAUAUCCAGGCCCAACCAGUCUUCCCCGCCACUGCCUGCUUCCCAGGGAAGAAACAGCCCGGUAGUGGCAUCGCUUAUUGGCACGCACAGCCCUCACGUGACUCCCGCCGCCUCCAUCCCUCCUCCACCAGGCCUGGGAGGAGUUAAUGUCACUCCAGAGUUUCACAGGCUGCAGCCAGCCGAUAAGCUGGAAAAGCUGCUGGAGAAGCUGUUGACUCGGUUUCCGCAGUGCAACAAGGCCCAGCUCACCAACAUACUGCAGCAGAUCAAGACGGCUCGGAGGACCAUGGCGGGCCUGACCAUGGAGGAGCUGAACCAGUUGGUGGCGGCCAAGCUGGCGGAGCAGCAGGAGCGGGCAGCGGCCGGGGCUCAGCCUCUCGGUCGAAUCAGGGCCCCCAUGUUCUCUGCUCCGCUGCCUCAGAUCAGCACACCCAUGUUCCUGCCCCCGGCCCAGGUGGCUUACCCUGGAACAGCGUCGCACACCCCGGCUGCCUGUAAGCUGUGUCUAAUGUGCCAGAAGCUUGUGCAGCCUGGUGACCUUCACCCCAUGGCCUGCUCGCACGUGCUGCACAAGGAGUGCAUCAAAUUCUGGGCACAAACCAACACAAACGACACUUGCCCCUUUUGUCCAAGUCUCAAAUGACAGCUACUCGAACAAAGCGGUCCCCCAGGAGGAGUUGCUGUGAAUAGACAGGAUUGGUUCUAAGAUUUCUACAGUUCUAUAUUUAUACGACCAUGUAUACACAUGUACAUUUUUAUUAUAUAGGUAAUGUGUGUAUAGAAAGUCUGUAUACAUACAAAUUCAUAAAUAAAGUGUGUAUAUUAUGCAGUGA